ACCGGCCGGCCCGUCUCCUCCACCCCAGUUCCAGUUCCAGUUUCAGACGAUAGAAUCCAUCACAUCAAUCACCAAGACUAAUCACCCGACGCAGAGGCCGAGCUCGCCGCCGAUCGCCGCCGGAUAGCUAGCAUGGCCGGCCGCCCCUUUGUUUUCGAGAAAAACUGGGCGGACAACCCUCCACGGAGACUGCCAACCACAGAUAUGGAGUUCCCUCCUUGCUUCCCGCCGGCCGACCCACCGCAGGGCUGGACUACGGUCCGUAUCGAGAGCUCACACUCGAGGAGACCGGACGGCACUCCGGAAAUCCUGCUUCUCUACGGCCGGCCAUCUUCUCCAGGUCGUCAUCAACCAGAGUCGCCGCCACACACAGCCACCAUUCACAGGCGGGACCAGCAGGUUCAUCGUCGUUGCUCUCCCGAGCCGCACCAAGUCGGCGGAGCAACGAGGGUGGUACGACUUGCCAAGGUGCUAUCGCUGGACCAGCUCCAAGACGACCAGGUGUACCAGCAAGUGCUGGACGAGCUUACUCAAGAGGCGCGCAAGUUCGGUGACCUGCUCAAGGUCGUGCUCCCGCGACCAAUCCGUGGUGCUGCUCAUCCGGUGGCUUCCGAAGACGGGAAGGUAUUCCUGGAGUAUGCUUGCCUCGAAGACUCGAUCCAGUGCAGGAUCCGAUUGGAUGGGCAGUGGUUUGACGGGACCAAGAUUAUUGCUGGGUACUUCCCGGAGGACAAGUUUGCUGCUGGAGACUAUGACUACGACGGAUAAUAGUUUCUUUUUUCUUUUUUCCUCUCGAGCUUGUAACCCCAUCUACAAUGUAGUAGGUCCUUGCUUAUAGAGCUGUUUACAAAAAUGAACUCGUUUUCUUUUAUUAAGAAUCCUUCUUAUUUGGACA